UAUGCUGUGCCAGGAAUACUCAGUAUUGUGGCAGGUGCAACCAGACAUGGCGUUGUGGUAAGGGAUAGUUAAGGCCCAAUUGCGGUUAUCGUUCCAUGUUUCGCGCACCAAUAUAGGUUAGGGUUAGGGGUUAGGGUGUAUAUAUAUAUAUAUAUAUAUAUAUAUAUAUAUAUAUAUAUAUAUAUAUAUAUAUAUAUAUAUAUAUAUAUAUAUAUAAAAAUAUGGAUGGCUGCACAUUACAACUUGUUCGUUUUAACGGAAAAACAAUCACCGGAAACGGAAGCCCUAAAACGGUAAAUCGAAAUCCGCAGUAUUAUUAUUAUAUUUAAAAUUAUUUGAAAACGGUAGCCCUUCAGCGGUAAAGAAAAACUGAUUUUCAAGGGACCGUUUAUGAAUACAUAUAUACUUUGUUUAGAAAUACAAACACUAUCUAUUUACAACAAUUUUAACAAAAGAGAACUACCGUAUUUACUCGUUUGAGCGCCGCGGCGCUCUUUAAAUUUUCAGAGCUUCAGAUGCGGCGCUCAUUCGAGGGCGGCGCUCAAUCGGGGGCGGCGCUCUUUAAAAAAACUUUUAUUUGUGAAUUAUAUCAAGAACUUUUAACAAUAAAGUAAACAAGUUUUGAAUGUCUUUGUCACUAAAUGUUCUCGUUUUGACGGUGGAAAAUUAUUACACUGUUUAGAGCGGCGCUCAUUCGGGGGCGGCGCUCUUUAAAAAAAUUUGAUCUCAAAUGCGGUGCUCAUUCGGGGGCGGCGCUCAAUCGGGGGCGGCGCUCAAUCGAGUAAAUACGGUAGGUUAAUUAAGUUGUCGAUGUAUUUCCCUGCAAGUCCUUGUAGUGAUUUAUUAAACUGUUUUAAAUUAAUACAAGGAAAAUUGGUCGUAUACAUCGACAAUUUGAGCUGGAAGAAUGACAAUUUCGCGGAAUGAAAAGCUAUUUUUCAUAAAGUUUGUGUUUGGUUUGUUUAAAUAAAGUUGUCGAUCAUUACUUCUUAAUUGACACGUGCAUGUCAUUAUGACUGGCGACAAACAGGUCUGACAAGCAUUUUAGCGUUUCGUCCCGUAAUGCUUUAAAUGUCAUAAUGUGUUCACGUUUUUUAAGAAUAAUUUCAAUUUUUUCCCAACCUAUUUUUUCAAAUAUCUCUGUUGAUCUUAUUUCAUAAGUGAUUCUAUUGAAUUUGCACAUUUUUUUCGCUUUCGCAGUGAGUCGAAUUGACUUCUACUCACUGGCUUGUUUCUCAUGAAGCCUAAUGGACCAUUUGCAUUAUAGACUAAAUUUUGAUCUAAACAAGUCUAGACAAACUUUUCAUCACAGCUUGAAAGAGCAUCACAAAAUUAGUAAUAUUACAAAGUUUCGUUGCGAAAUGCUGUAAAAAGCGGAUAAUAUAGCCUUGCGAAAUUUGCAAUUUUCAGUCAUUUUGUAUUAAAAAACGGGAAAUUGAUGCCCCAACACCCGAUUGGGCUGUCAAUUUCCCGUGCGUAAUACAAAAUGACUGAAAAACGGCAAACUUCGCAUGGCUAUAUUAUCCGCAUUUUACAACAUUUCGCAACGAAACUUUGGAAUAUUACUAAUUUUGUGAUGCUCUUUCAAGAUGUGAUGAAAUUUUUGUCUAGACUUGUCUAGAUCAAAAUUUAGUCUAUAAUGCAAAUAGUCCAUUUAUCGUUACUGCGCAUGGACGAUUUCAUUUCGUGCGAAAUGUUCCGCAUUUCGCCGAGGAAAAGCGCUCGUGGAAUCGGGCCUUUAGAUUCAAAUACUGGGUUCAAAAACUGAAUGAGGGUCUCCCGGGGGUUUCUAGGGAACAAGGGAACAAAACAAAAAAAUCAUAGGGGACACUUAUGUUCCUAAAUUGUUCGAGUUCUAGAGAUUUAUUUUCCUCAUAGCUUAUCAAACGGAAGAUUGCUAUGAAACUCAUUAGAAUAACAAUAUAACUCAUUAUCUAUGUUAGUCAACGUUUAUUCAUAAACCCGGUCCUUCACCGUCACGUGUGUAUUGUAUUUUUGCCCAACUAACCAAUAGCAAUGUUUUAGGAAAGUUACCUAUCCGUGACUCGAACAAUAGUGUAAAUUGGAAAUUGUUAUUGGUGGAUUUGGCAAAAACACAAUACACACGUGACGGUGAAGGACUAUAUUUAUGAAUAAACGUUGACAAACAUAGAUAAUGAAUUCUAGUAUUUUUGCACAAGUGAACAUAACAAAUCCUACAAGUUGAUUGGUCAAAUUUGACGUAUUAAGCUGUUAUAUUCACCGACAGGUGAAUAUAACAAAACCGAAAUUUUCAAAAUGGCGGCUAGCCAUUUUGUGGACGUUAUACUGAUAAAGAAAUAAGCGAAAUUAAAAUAAAUUCAGUCCCAAAAAAACACAAAAAUACUAAAAUAAUUAUUCGCCUCAGGCUCGGUGAUUAUCGGGGAAUAGGCCUAUUCACCUCGACUUCGUCUCGGCGAAUAUUCCCCGAUAAUCACCUCGCCUUCGGCGCCAUAGUUGUUAAAUGUAAUUGUUAUCUUCCCUUUGAUAGGCUAUGGUUGAAAAGAAUGACAACUAUUUUUCAAAUCGGUCUAUAACGUUUAAUUCUUUCAUUCUAGAUGGGUUUUGCUUUGUUUUUCAACAUCAUUGCUGUGAUCAUUUCGACUGUUGCUUCGAUCGUUUUGAUCAUAAUUAUUGCUGCCGUAAAUGAAUUCGUGGGUGAUUACGAGACCAACUGCACUGAC